AUGCGGCCCCCGCUGACAGCUGUGGGGUUGCGGGCGUUUAAGGAACCUCGUAGUCCCGUGCUCGCGGGGAGGUCUCAGCCCGCUGCCGGCCCCUCCGCGUCAGCUCUUCCCCAGCUCCUCGGGCUGCUCGUCCCCGGCUCCGGCUGCCCUCCCGCAGAGCUGCAGCGCCGGGGCUGCGCGGUGCGGAGCUCCACGGGGGUCUCGGGCAGCACGACGUGCGGCUGCGAGCGCGGAUGGCACUGUGCCCCUUUCUCCUCCCAGAUCUGCAACUGGUUCAUCAACGCCCGGCGGCGGCUGCUCCCUGACAUGCUGCGCAAGGAUGGGAAGGACCCCAACCAGUUCACCAUCUCUCGCCGAGGGGGCAAAGCUGGUGACGUGACCCUGCCACGGGGGGCUGCUGCUGGCUCCGGAGUGCUGGUGGUUCCUCCCAUGACGGCAGCGGGGGCUGCCAAGGUGCUGCCGAUAUCCGUAUGCCCGCAGGUACUGUGCCAUCCUGCCCAGGCGCUGGGUGGCAACCUGACGGUGCUGGGUGCCCGCAGCCCUGAGCGGGAGAAGCAGCCUGGCCUGCAGCGAGUGGAGCCAGACCCACACCCCAAAGCUCUGCCGGGUGCCGCCGGCAGCACUGUGGCCCUGCUGGCGCGUGCCGAGGCAGCCAGCCCCACCAGCGGACUCUUCAACACACCGCCCCCCACACCCCCCGAGCUCUUCGGUGAUGACUUCAGCAGCUUCCAGCUGCUGGUGGAGGUGGCACUGCAGAAGGCAGCUGAGCUGGAAUCACAGCGGCAGGGUGGGCAGCUGCCCCUCUCACCUCAGACUGAGCCCCCGGGCGCCUCUGUCAACAAAUAGCCCCCAGUCCGGGUCCUGCGGGGUGCCCUUCUCCAGCGGUGCCCAACCUCCAGCCUUCUGCCACCCACGGGACCCCUAUUCUCUGGCCUCAGGAGCCUGUGACCUCCAGCACCCUCUCACAGCUCAUCUCAGAAGCAGACCUGUGCAUCCCUGUACCUCUGCUGACCAAGGGGGUGAGGAGAGGAAGGGCUGUCCUGCCCCAUCCUGGGGAGAUGCCUGCAACCACGGAGCUCCUGCUGGGGACGGGGCCCUGGGCGGAUGGAACCAGACCUCUGUGGCAGAAACCUCUCCUUGCUGUGACCGAUGGUCGCUGUGCGAAGCCACAGAACUCCCUUGGAAAACCUGCUGACUUCUUUUUCUCAUUCCUGGAAACAAGGGUCCAGCCAAUACCACUUCUUCAGGGAGAGGAAGAGAGAAUAUAUAUAUUUUUAAAGUUUGUGUCUGUUUUAAGGAUUGUGGAUGAAAUUCUUUUUCUCCCAAAUGUCUCUGAUCCUUUUUGUACCUUUCUCCAGUUUUUGCAGAGGGCCAUAGCAGCACCUUGUGCUGGCCAGGAGCCACAUCCUGCCUGGAGAAGGCUGGGGGACGGGCGAACUGGAAACUUGAAACCCGUGGCAAAUGCAGGACCCUCAUCUUCUGCCUUAGGGUGUGACAGAUAAUGCCAGUAGAAAUCUCGAUGGUGCUGUUUAGCUAGUUUUUUUUUUUUUUAAUUAUUUUU